UUGUGGAACGUCCGUUGGGAGGCGGGAGCAGAGGGAUGGUUCGGAGUUACCCGCACCUGGCUUCCCGAGUGUCGCCUUCACCCGGCCUCCCAGACACUGCGCGCUAGAUGCGCAUUCGGGUGUUUCCGGCAGGUGACGCUACCGCGUCCUCGGAGCGGGACUUUAAGGAGGGCCUGAAACAUUCUUGGCUGAAGCAACGCGCGAGGCUGGCGGGGCGGAGCCUUUAAGGAGGCCCAGAGUGGAAUAGUGGCAGUGCGGACUGCUCCGGGUGGGAGUACGCCCCUGGAGAGUGGUUGGAGUUCUAAGAACAAGAAACUGGUGGAGAGUUAGAGUCUGUCUCUUAUAAAGAGCAUAUUGCUGGGCUUUCCCCCCUUUUAUCCUGUUUGACUUAUUUUAAUAGACUCUUUGUGUUUCUAUUGGUUCAACCUGAGUUGCUGAGUCUGAGUUGUCUUCCAAAUUCCUGCUAUCUCAGUAUCUCUGGUCAGUGACUCCAGGGACUGUGAAUUAGAAGCAAGGAAGUCAGUUGUUUGGGACUAUAUUAAUUAUCUAUUACUGUGUAAUAAGGUCCUGGCUCCACAAAGAUAAGACAGAUCUGUGAUGUAAGGAGAAAGAAGCAUGAAGAGCAGGUAUCUGUUAUGGAAGGAGACCUCCUGAUCUGGGACCUUCCCCACCAGCUGGGGAGUCCUGAGAUAGAGUGGACCCUGAAAUUGCUAGAUCUACACCCUAUCUUAACCCCUCUGUAUGGAUUGUGGAAGGACUGAAGGACAUCUUAACCUUCAGAGAUCAACAGUAGCAGUGUGACAAUGAAGCGUUUGACUCGGAUGAUGGAAAGGACAGCUUGGCAUUCUCCAGACUCUGCCCUUUUCCAGGAAGAAGAGGAUAUGGCCAGUUCUCUUAAAAAGGAAAUGAAGCACAGAGAUUAAGAAACUUUUAUAACUUCAUGCAUCAAGUGUAUAAUAAAGACAGGAUUCAAACCCACUCAGCCUGACUCUAGGACCACACUCCUAUGAUAACUCUACAAAUGGAAAUCUACUCCUGAGUGAAAGAAAUGAAACAGUGACAUUUAAGGAUGUGGCCGUGGACCUCACCCAGGAGGAAUGGCAGCAAAUGAAACCUGCUCAGAGGAACUUGUACCGUGAUGUGAUGCUGGAGAACUACAGCAACCUGGUCACAGUGGUAGGUUGUCAAGUCACCAAACCAGAUGUGAUCUUCAAGUUGGAGCAGGAAGAGGAGCCAUGGGUGGUAGAAGAAGAACUGCUUGGGAGGCACUGUUCAGAAGUUUGGAAAGUUGAUGAACAGAUCAAGAAGCAACAGGAAACCCUUGUGAGAAAUGUCACAUCCAUCUCCAAGAAAACUCUGAUUAAGGAAAAUGUCCUUGAAUAUAAAAAUGUUGCAAAAGUAUUUCCUCUGGACUCAAACAUUGUUACUUCAAGACAAAAGUUCUAUGAAUGUGACUCACUUGAUAAGGAUUUUGAACAUGGUUUAGACUUAUUUAGUUAUGAGAAAGGCUUUAUGAAAAAGAAAAGUUAUGAAUGUAAUAAGUAUGGGAAACCAUUUUACCAUUGCUCAUCCCAUGUCAUAACCCCCUUUAAGUGUAAUCAGUGUGGACAGGACUUUAAUCAUAGAUUUGACCUCAUCAGACAUGAGAGAACUCAUGCUGGAGAGAAACCCUAUGAAUGUAAGGAAUGUGGAAAAGCUUUCAGUAGGAAGGAAAAUCUUAUUACACAUCAAAAAAUUCAUACUGGGGAAAAACCAUAUAAGUGUAAUGAAUGUGGAAAAGCUUUCAUUCAGAUGUCAAACCUUAUUAGACACCAGAGAAUUCAUACUGGAGAGAAACCUUAUGCAUGUAAGGAUUGUUGGAAAGCUUUCAGUCAGAAAUCAAAUCUCAUUGAACAUGAGAGAAUUCAUACUGGAGAAAAACCCUAUGAAUGUAAGGAAUGUGGAAAAGCCUUCAGCCAGAAGCAAAAUCUUAUUGAGCAUGAGAAAAUUCAUACUGGUGAGAAACCUUAUGCAUGUAAUGAAUGUGGUAGAGCUUUUUCUCGGAUGUCAUCUGUUAAUCUACAUAUGAGAAGUCACACAGGGGAGAAACCCUAUAAAUGUAAUAAAUGUGGAAAAGCCUUCUCUCAAUGCUCAGUAUUUAUUAUACAUAUGAGAAGUCAUACAGGUGAGAAACCCUAUGUAUGUAGUGAAUGUGGAAAAGCAUUCUCUCAAAGUUCAUCCCUUACUGUACACAUGAGAAAUCAUACAGCUGAGAAACCCUAUGAAUGUAAUGAAUGUGGAAAAGCCUUCAGCCGGAAAGAGAAUCUCAUUACACAUCAGAAAAUUCAUACCGGAGAAAAACCUUAUGAAUGUAAUGAAUGUGGGAAAGCUUUUAUUCAGAUGUCAAACCUCAUCCGACACCAGAGAAUUCAUACUGGUGAAAAACCCUAUGCAUGUACAGUAUGUGGGAAAGCCUUUAGUCAGAAAUCAAAUCUCACGGAACAUGAAAAAAUUCAUACUGGAGAGAAACCCUAUCAUUGUAAUCAAUGUGGAAAAGCUUUCAGUCAGAGACAAAACCUCCUUGAACAUGAAAAAAUUCAUACUGGAGAGAAACCAUUUAAAUGUAAUGAGUGUGGUAAAGCUUUUUCUCGAAUCUCAUCCCUUACUCUUCAUGUUAGAAGUCAUACAGGGGAAAAACCGUAUGAAUGUAAUAAAUGUGGAAAAGCCUUCUCUCAAUGCUCAUUACUUAUUAUACAUAUGAGAAUUCACACUGGUGAGAAACCCUAUGAAUGUAAUGAAUGUGGAAAAGCAUUCUCUCAAAGAGCAUCCCUUUCUAUACAUAAGAGGGGUCAUACAGGUGAGAAACGCCGAGUGUACUAAAUGAAUAAGACUUUUUUUAAAAUUCAACCCAAGCUUUACUUAGCUUUAAGAUAUCUUGGCAUAAUCUAAAAAAAUGUGCAAGAUUCUUAUGAAAAACUUGUAAAGCUUUAUUGAAGGGCAAAAGAUUUGCGUAAACGAGAGAAUGUAGAUGGAAAAACCCAAUGGUAUAAAAUGUCAGUUCUUCCCAACUUAAUCUAUAGACCUACUAGAGUUCCAAACAUCUAACAGGAAUUUUUUAGGAUUUUUAUAAAAUGAUUCUAAACCUCAUAUGAAAUAAAAGUCUAUGGAUUGCUGAGAUAAUACUGAAAAAGAACAGAGAGGACAUACCUUCUACCAUAUACUACAUGUAUAGUGAAGUUAUGGUCAUUUAAUAGUGUGUAAUAUUAGUACAUUAAUAUGUAGGUAGAAAAGUUUUACAGAAUAGAAUGCCUAGAAAUAAACCCAUGAAUAUAUGUGAACUUGUUGUGUAUUAGGCAUGACAUCAUGAAUCAGUAGGAGGAAUAGCCUAGUCAAUAAAAAUAGUUGGAGUACUUGAAUCUCCAUACUGGGGAAAAUAAAAUUACAACCUUGCAACAUAUAAAGAAACAGAAUUCCAGAGGAUUUGAACACUGAAAUGUGAACAACCAAACUCUGAACUUCUUGGAAGGAAAUAACAGGAUGUUGUUUGUGACUUUGAGGCAGGGAAACAUUUUUUAAAAGGACCCUGUAGUUUCUCUUCUGGAUAUACAUCCUAAAGAAAUUCACAACUAUGCAUAAGAAAUAUAUAUUAUCUAAAUAGAAAACAACCUAUAUAUUGAAGGGAUAAUAGAUAAAUAAAAUGUGAUAUUAAAAUAAUGGAAUAGUAUACAGCAGUUAAAAGUAAUGAACUUGGUCUAUAUUGUGUAACAUGGGUUGUUACCUAAAAUAAUGUUGAGUGGAAAAAAAUUAAGAUCUAGAUGAAACAUACUGUAAAAUAACACUCAUGUAAAUUGGAGUGAAAUCAUUCACAAAGAAUAGAUCUAUGUUUUUAUUACUGAAAUAUGUAUGUAAAACUAUUUUAAAUGGAUUAAAAAGAACACAUAUCAAGUUAUUGAUAGUGUUGUCUCUGGCAGGAGAUUAGGAUUCAGGGUGUUGAUCGAAGGGGGCUCUUAGCUUUACUUGUAAUUUUUAUGCCUUAAAAAGAGAUGAAUAGCAUAUAAAAUAAAUCUUAAAAGUUAAUGAUACAUGAUGGUGAUAUGGAUGUCUUAAUUUUGUUUUUGUACUUCAGACAAUUUAUGGGUUAGGGCAUGACUAUGCAUAGAGGAAAGUGUUGUAAUAGAUUCAUGUGCUCUAUCAGAUGCUGAACUGUUUUAUCAAAAAUAUUUCCAGAAAAUUAGUAAUUGAAAGUGAUAAUCCUGUUUACUAUUUAAUAUGAAAUUAGCAUGUCUCAUCAGUCUUGUGCUUUUUUUUCACAUUCUUUAUUUAGGACUUAAUUUUCAGCCAAUUAUAUCUUAGAUUCAAGAAGUAUGUAAUUAUUUGUUAAAAAUUUGAAAAUCAGAGGGCAAUGUGACAAAUCAAAUGUGAUUUUUAUUUAGAAUUUUAGAGUAUCAUGAUCUAAUGAUCUCUACUCUCUCAGUGUGUCUUGUUUUAUUUGACAACUUGUUGGAUUCAUAACUAAUGAGUUAGUAAUAUGAUUAGAGUCAUUAUGGAGAGAAAAAAUUCUUGAGAAACUAACUCUACAAUAUUAAUCUUCUUACUCUGUACAUUUCCAUACAACCAGCAUAAGCAUUAAUAUAAUCAUUAAUUAUUACAAUAUUUUGAAACAAGAAAACCUUUUUUCUUGAGAUAGCCUUAAGCAAUUAUGUAAAAUUGCUUCACUCUUAACCUAUAGAUCAUUUUAUUUCUUCUACAACCCUUGAUUUAUGUACCUAUAUCUAGUUUUGGUUGAAAGCAGUGUGUGGUCUAAGACCCUGAGCAGUAAUAACAGUUCCUCUGAAAGGAUCUCAUUCUCUGUUAAACAAUACAUGAAUCAGCCCUUCAGGUAUUUUUUUUAUUUACCAUCUCUGCAGUAUUACUUGAUGCACAGAAAACCAUUAGUGUCUUUUUUAAAAGGUGAUUAUGAUUGGGAAUAUUGUUCAAAAGGAAUCUUUUAGCUUUGAAUGUUUGAAUGUCAGUUGCAUUUAUUUGAAACUAAUUUUACAAAAUUAAAUCAUUCUCAGACUAAAUUUAUGAAGUACAAGCAUGACUAAGCUCAGUUUUACUUCAAUUAGUCAUUUGUGAAGACUGACAGUGACUUAGAAUUAUAAAUAGCAGGCACUGAUAUUUAUGAAAUCAGCAGUUUCCCAAAACUUAAAUAUCUAAAUGUGUUGUCACUUCAUAAUCUCUUCUUUCAUGGGUUUUGUGGUAAGUCCAAUUUUGCAAGCACACUUUUUUUGUAGACUUUUUAAAAAGUACUUUUCAAAGUUCAUGUUUUACACAUACAACAAAAUCUGUGUAAAUAUUUUUAGUUGCAAAAAUUGGGGGGAGAUCUAAACUUAUUUUUCACUCUGAUUUUCUUUUUCAUGCUUCUUUAUUUGGCUCAUAUCUCACUUUUUUUCUGUCCCAUUCUUUACAUAGCUUUGGAGUCAACAGAAAUGUUUUAAAUUUCCCUUACACUCACAACGACCACCUUAGGUGCCUUUUUAGCCUGUCCCACUAAGAGUGGCUGGGCUGAUUGGGUGAGAUAUAGUGCCUGAGAGUAAACCUGAAUCUCAAGUCUAGGAAGGCUGCUUUAUUGUUAUGUCAACAAGAAGAUGAUCUUGUCUCUGUUAAUUAAUUUUUUUCCUAUCCUGAAGAGUAGAAAUAAGGUCUAAGUCACUGAGAUAACAUGUAAAAAAAAUCAAUCAAAUCACAAUAAAUCCCUCUCCACUUGGA